AUGAGGCAGUAUGACAGUUUAAGCGUCAGGAGGGCGAAGAAAAACGAGAGCAGCAUUAGCUAUAACAAGAAAGUCACCUCGCUGAGCAGAUUUUCAAGUCGAGAAAAUAAAGCAAAAAGUUUCAAAAUAGACAAAUGGGACGAUGAAGAUAAGCUGCAACUGUGUGAAAAACAGGUUCUACGUAAAGCAGUUAGUGAUAAGAAAAAAAUACCUACUCUUGUGAGAAGGGUCCAGACAAAGCCACAUGCUAGUGCGGCAAGACCUACCACACUGCCCAGGAAUGAAGAACGUUGUGGCAGCAUGAAUAAGGGCAGCCCCAAGGGGUGUAACAUGUAUAGAGCUCAAACAAUGACAAGAAAUAUGGGUCGUAGCAGCAAUGUGAGGCGAAUAGAAGUUUCGGAAACCGAGCGUGUUUUCACCAAAUUAAGCCAAAAAAAGAAAGGCACGUUGAAAAAAGGCACAAAGUGUGAAGUACAAGAAGGUGGGAAGAACAGCAGUAAGCAGCAAGCGCAAGUGGGGAGUGAAAAUCCCAGGGAGACUUACCAUACGGAGGUACUUAACAAAAACCAAUGCAAUCAAAAAUACAUACCCGAUGUGUUAACCACAAAUAUAGGGAGCGCAAAAGGAAUAAUUUUUCAAAAUGCGCAGAUUCCCACUUGGGCAAGUAAAACGAAUGAACGUGACAAAAUAAAUUACACACGUACUAACAGGGAUAAAAGCAUGCCUUGCAAAAUUGCGGAGGUCACCAAAGGGAUGGAGAAGCCUGCUCAGAAAAGCAGUGAUUCAAAAUAUUUAGAAGCAAUUUUUAGACCUGCCCAAAUGGCUAGCUUAUCUUAUCCCGCAGAGGAUUACUUUGCCAAGCUUGGCUUGUCAAGCAGUGGCGAUGCAAAUGUAGAGGGGGGCUUCCCCAACAAGAUGACCAGUCAUUUUGCAUACCAUUAUCAUCCGCAGGGGAAUCCGGAAGAUCACAAUUUUAUGGAAAAUUCAAAGGAUAAGCACAUAAAAAGGGAGGACAAUCAGGGUACAAAUCGGAAGGAGGAUAAACGUGGAUAUAUUCCAAUGUGGGACAUAAAUAGCCACAAAAUUAUUAGCACAGAUUUUUUGCUUAAGGAAAAAGGUAGACGUUCCCUCACAGAAAAAAAAAAUAACCAACACACAGAAGGGGAGAUUAUCCCGAAUGGGUAUCUUCCCAGUUCGGUCAGCCAAAAGGAGGAUGCCAAGUUCAGUGCGUAUAAAGCCAACACGGCCGAUUUGGGCAUGAUGGAAAAUUCCCCUCGAAGGGAAAUUCCUACCAAUGCGUUAUUCCCUAAAGAGACAACCCCAUUAGAUGCAUCAAUUGAAAAUGUGCAAAAUUCUGAAGAGGAAAGAAAAAACCUCAAAAAGGAUCACACCUUUUCGCAUGCCCUAAGUAGCACAAAUUACAAUCCGGCUUAUCAUACCAGCCAUUCUAAUUAUAACGAAACCAGGCUCUGCGAAAAUAGGUCUUUGACAGAUAUCAUGUUUAGGGGAAAAAUAAAAAAUGACGGGAAACUUAACACAGAUGGUGGAGGCCCUUCUAAAGGCAACUACAAAUUGGAAGAAUCAGCCACCGUUGAUCAGACAAACGGUGUGAAAAAUGCGAAUUGUGUAGAACAGCCCCAAUGGAUGAACCUACCAUAUAUACAGGAAAAGGGUACCCGUAAUAACGGAGAUAUUACUCUUGCUAAUGGAAGCACCAAAGUUUUGACUUCCGUUCAGAGUGAUAAUCCUCCCUUCACUUAUAACAACCUGACGCAUGACAUUUCGAAUCAUAAGUUGCCGAGAAGGAAUGGCCAUAUGCACCUACGCAGUGUGACGAACACGAACGAGUAUUUUAAGAAGAGUGCCGGGGGUGUGGAUAAAUGCAGGAGGGAUAAUCUGACCGGAUCGGAAUGGCAAAGUGGUCAUAUGUGGACAAAUGUUAGUAGCCGACAGGGAGGGGGUGGAACAAGAGUCCACCCCAUUUCCCGGGGUGACCAAAUUAGGAGCAACAUCAACGGCGAAUUGGUCACCCAUGAGGUUGGACCCUCCACGUUGGCAACGCAUAGAGAUUUACCUGCCAAUUCGACAUGCCAACCCAGUGAAUCUCCCUGUUUAAGUGACAACAGUGCUGGAUUUCCCAAUUUGAAUAGACCCAAUUUGGCGAACCCCUCCUUCGUCCAUCUCCACCCCAGUCAACAAAACAAACCCAAAUUUGUAAGUGCAAUCCCUCACCUCUUCCAUCCUUCCAAAAUGACGUUAAAAGAAAACCAUCCCAUUUGUACUACAAAGAUGACUAAGGCAACACCAAAAGGACUCCCCCAAAUUAGCCUUACUGAUGAGGUUAGUAAACACACCUACAGUGUGCUAAAUGGGUCCAUAAAUACGGUCCCAGGUAACGUCCAGGCAUUUAAAAAAAUAUACAUAGAUCACAGUAUGGGCGAAGUAAAUCACGUGAACGGGUAUGUUUUAAGGGAGAGGGAUCCUAACGUGGACUCCGUCAUGUCAACAUGCAUCUCGCAGGGUAAUGCCAACACAGUGGAGAAAAUGGGGAUAGAAAGAUUCCUAAAAUGUGACAAAAAAAACCCUAGUGUGAAAAAUGAAAAAAAUUUAGGCGAAAUAUCAGCAGGUGAAAGUGUAACCCCAAUGAAGGGUUAUAUUCCGAAAAGGAUCCUUGCCCAUGUGGGGGAGAAAAGUCGCGAAUUGAGCGGACACCUCUACAUGGAAGGGCCUCCUACCAAACCCACCCUCUCCGAUGACCCCUCCGUGGAGGGUAAUAAAAUAACCCCCAAUGGGGCCAUGUUUCACAUUCGCAGUUACACAGGUGGCGUGGUGAAAAAAGACGUGUGUAAAAAAAGCCAAAUUUGUAAUAGUAACCCCGUCACUCCUAAAGACGACCACCAUUCUGAGGGUAAAACCAAACGGAUAGACAUGGUAGUUCAUCCUAGUAAUGCUACUAACAAUUUUGCAACGAAAAGCCAACAGGGACAAAACUGUCAUGGCGAAAAUGUGAAUACCGUUAAGGAGGCACCACCACAGGGACAGCUGACAAACGACCCAUUCAGUAGAAUCCCACUCCGAAACAAAUUCAUCAGUGCUAGUAACACCAGGGUGAUGCCAAAUAAUCAAAUGCGCCACAGCAGCAAUGUGUUCUUCCCUCCUGCGGUAGGCAGAGGUGUGUGUAAGGACCCAUUGGGCAAUAAAGCCAGUUUGUCUAUCUCGGGUAUAACAGUAGAUGGUGCAGUAGCUGGCGGUAGUUUUGAAGGAAAAGCGGAAACGGGGCCCCUUCCAAAUGGACUACCUCCAAGCAUCACAGUUAAAUCGGCCCCAGAAAAAUAUUUAACCAACGUGCGUACACAACUAAGUAGGAAAAAAGUCGAUGAUGGGACGUCCCCAUUGCUGAGUAACGGCACUGAUAGGAGCGUCAUGCAAAAUCACCCCCCUGGGAAGACGCAAAAUAGGGCAAGGGAAUAUCUUCAUAAAGGAGUAACUCCCCCGUACGAGGCGGGAGCAACGUUAACCCAUUUGAAUGUCACAGAGGAAAUACCCCACAGAAAUGGAUUGCCCGUUUGCAAAUCCAUUAGCAACAGUGAUAUAUACAACUACUUAAGGAACAAGGACCCAAAAACUCUAACCCAUUUUCACCGUACAGUAUCCUACAGGAAUCAGAGCUUGAAGAAGGAGAAGUCCCUCACGGUUUUGUCGCAGAAGGGGGGCAUCAAUGGGGUUACCAGUUUGGGUGCAAAGGUGAACAUGUUGGACGGCGCGAGAAUGUUGAAUGGGGCGAAAAUGAGGGAACAGCUUCUGGACGCUGCGUUCGAAGCAGACUCCAAGCACACCGUAAAAAAGGCAGUCGUGAUUGGCUGCAACUACAUGAGGGAGGCAGAAGGGGAGAGGCUCUACGGGGCAGUUAACGACGCAUACAUUUUCAGCAGAGUGUUAGUUAAGUACUUUGAUUUUAAACCCGAAAACAUUCUGUUGCUGACUGAUAGCUUACCUUCAAAUGCGUACAUAUAUGAAGAUUUUGACAUAAAUAAAAAAAAGUACAUAAAGCAGGGAGCUAGCCGAAACAAAACAAAUGAGGAAGAAAGGAAAAAAAAAAAAAAUUUAUUUCAUUUGUUCAAUACGAGCAAUAUGGGUAGUCAUGAAAAAGACGGCGCAGAAAUAGAUAAGUGCAAUUCUUGUAAAAAUUUCGCUAUUAAAAAUGUCGAUUUUUCAUCAGAAGGGAUUAGUUUUCAUUUGUGGCCAACAAGGAUAAACAUUUUAAAGGCUGUAAAUUGGCUAGUCAGAGAUUCCGUGCCACUCGGUUCAUACGUUUUCUACUUUGCGGGGAAGAGUGUGCAAGUAGAUAACAUGAGUGGAUGGGAGGGGAAGGCUACGACGAAGCUUUUCUUUGUUCGGACCCCUUUAACCGCAUGCUAG